UCCAAAGCAAGUUUACCCCCUGGCAGCCUGGCUGUUGUGUUUGGGAAAGUCUGGAAGAGUUCUCACCGUGUCGGACUUCCCAGCUCUCCUUUAAGGACUUCCCAGCUCUCCUUUAACGGCUUCUCCUCGUCUUUGACUCCCAUUCGGACCGUUGGUGGAUUUAAUACUGACUUCUCGGGAUUUGACUGACUUUUCCGGUCGUUCAUGGCGCAUUUCACCCCGGACGUGGUCUUGUCCUGCGGUCCCAGGCCAGCAGCAUCGUCUCCUUAAUUGUCGCUUGGCUGCUGAAAAAAAGGCGAUAAAUGAGCUUGUGAAGUCGCUCCAUGUAGGCCUAAGUAACAAGGGGCCUAUGGUGAACUUCUGCUGCUGCUCAAGCCAACUAUGUCGGGAGUGGUCCGCACCCUGAGCCGCUGCCUGCUGCCGGCCGAGGCCAGCCGGGAGCCGGGCGGCAGUAAGGAGAGGAGCCGGGGCAGGGACGCGGCGCAGGAGCGGGAGGCGCGUCGUCGGAGCCGGGAGAUCGACGCCAUGUUAGCCCGGGAAAGGAGAGCUGUGAGGCGGCUGGUGAAAAUCCUCUUGCUCGGGGCGGGAGAAAGCGGGAAGUCGACUUUUCUCAAGCAGAUGCGCAUCAUUAACGGACAGGAGUUUGACCAAAAAGCACUUCUGGACUUCCGGGACACUAUUUAUGAAAAUAUAUUGAAGGGCAUGCGCGUGCUGGUGGACGCCCGGGACAAGCUGGGCAUCAGCUGGCAGAGCUGCGAGAACGAGAAGCAAGGCAUGCUGGUGAUGUCGUGGGAGGGACGCGUGGGCGGCGCCGGGGUGGAGCCCGGCGAGUUCCAGCUGUACGUGAUGGCGCUGAGCGCACUGUGGGCCGACGCCAGCGUACAACAAGCCUACGCGCGACGCUCCGAGUUCCAGCUGAGUGAGUCGGUCAAAUACUUCCUGGAUAACUUGGAGCGCAUUGGUCAACUGAGCUACACCCCCAGCAGGCAGGACAUCUUGUUCGCCAGGAAGGCCACCAAAGGCAUCGUGGAGCACGACUUCGUCAUCAAGAAGAUCCCCUUCAAGAUGGUGGACGUGGGGGGGCAGAGGUCGCAGAGGCAGAAGUGGUUCCAGUGCUUCGACGGCAUCACGUCCAUCCUCUUCAUGGUGUCCUCGUCCGAGUACGACCAGGUCUUGAUGGAGGACCGGCGCACCAACCGCCUGAUGGAGAGCAUGAACAUCUUUGAGACCAUCGUCAACAACAAGCUCUUCCUCAACGUCUCCAUCAUCCUCUUCCUCAACAAAACGGACCUGCUGGUGGAAAAGAUUCGCAGCGCCGACAUCCGCAAGAACUUCCCGGAGUUCCGAGGGGACCCGCGGCGGCUGGAGGACGUGCAGGCAUUCCUGGUGCAGUCAUUCAGCCGUAAAAGGAGAAACCGAGGCAAGCCUCUCUUCCACCACUUCACCACAGCGGUGGACACAGAGAACAUCCGCUUCGUCUUCCACGCCGUCAAGGACACCAUCUUGCAGGAGAACCUCAAAGACAUCAUGCUGCAGUAGUCUAGUCACUCAACUCACCUUCUUUAUCAAAGUGUCUUGUGGGACUCAACUGGCCAGGGGGAGGGAAGACACGCCUCCUUUAAACACACCCGACCUGAGAAGACACGCCUCCUUUAAACACACCUGACCUGAGA